CAGACGCUCCACGUGGACGGUACGCGUCAUUGAAAUUUUUACCUUUCUAGUACUACUACAAGCUUCUCGCUCUUAGUAUCCUCUGGUAUAUCAUUAUACUACGUGCGAAGAAUAAUCAAAAUGUCAAACGAAGAAGAAUCUAAUGGAUGGCAAUUAAUGGAAUCCGAUCCGGGUGUAUUCACUGAACUGUUGAAGACCCUCGGCGUUCCCUUGAUUGUUGACGACCUGUACUCUCUUGACCCUGAAUCUUUGGCUUCUUUGCAACCCCUCCAUGCCCUCAUAUUUCUCUUUAAAUGGGUCCCAUCGCUCUCAGAAAGUUCUUCGGUGGCAGGCCAAUACGAUCCUAGUUUCCCUGGAUUUUUUGCCCACCAGGUCGUAAAUAACGCAUGUGCCACGCUGGCAGUUUCGAACGCACUCGGCAACAUCCCUACUCUAACUAUGGGUUCACAACUGAGAGAACUCAUGAACUUCACCACCGGCAUGGACCCUCAGACGCGUGGGAUGGUCAUCACAAGUGCCGACUGGCUUAGAGAGGCCCACAAUUCUCUCUCACCUCCCAGUGCAAUUUCUUUGGACGGCCUAGGGCUACCGAAGAGAACGGAGGAAGCAUACCACUUCGUUGUAUACCUCCCAGUGAUGGGAUCCGUGUAUGAAUUGGAUGGCCUGAAACCGCAUGCAGUCCGACACGGUCAUUACGAAGACCAGGGCGAAGGGUGGCUGAAGGCCGCUCGGGACGCGAUCGAAGCCAGAAUAGCAACAUAUCCGGAGAACUCGCUCGAGUUCAGUCUGCUGGCGGUUCGAGACGAUCCUCUUCCGCUUCAAUCGGCUGGCCUAGAAUCUGAAGCCGCAGAACUUGUUGUCAAGAUCUCUACCGAGACCUCUAAAAGGGAUCGCUGGGCAUUCGAAAGCAGUGUUCGAAGGCACAAUCACUUCGGUCUCGUCCACGCAUUGGUUCUCGCCUUGGCUAAGGCAGGGAAACUGGAAGGAGCGAAAGAAUCAGCGAAGACUAAAAUGAAGGCCCGGAUUGCACAAGCCAGGGAAAAGGGCGAAAUGAUGGAUGAAGAUUGAUGAUAGAGGAAAACUUCCUGGCUGAUGUCAUGAGCAUAUGUACGCUUCCAUCAUAUACAGCCAGCUGACACCGUUUUUAGUUCUAUAACGGUCUUCUCUCUUCGCUGUAACCUGUUUGAACUAGCUGUCUGCUGAACUGGCGCCUUUCACGAUGUGUUGACAUGAGUCAUACCGAUCAGGGUGAUCGGGGAUUUUCAGACGGGUCCGGACUAAGGCUCGUAGGGUUCGUUCGUUUGCUUUCAAGCUUGCUCUAGACUUGAGUCUGUCCGAUGCUCACUGGUAGACAUCUUCAUUUUGCGCUGAUCGCACAAUGGUCUUGAAUCACCCGCGGCAGGGCCUUCAUACCGCGGCCACACUAGUACUUCGUACAGAAUCUGGCCGCAACUGCGGCUA